AUGUUUUCGGAAGAGGAACGCCUGGCGUCUUUCGCCAUCGCCUCGUCAUCCACAUCCGCUUCAACGGCCAAGAAGCGCCAGUCCACCAAAGCAGCAUCAACAUCAGCAUCGUCGACAUCCACAGCAUGGCCCCAUCCCGUCACCGCACGCGGCGCAAAGGCAGCAGGCGUCCCCACGCCAAGUGUGCUCGCAGUGCACGGCUUCUACCACGCGCCCACACCCCAAGACCCCGACGCCGUCGCUCACUUUCUCUAUCCCGAGCUGCGCAUCGCCAAUUGGCAAGCGAACGAUGAUCCACUCGCUCGCCUCGAGAACGCCCUUCCAAACAACGGAUGGUGUCGCAUCCACAACAGCCUCUCGCUCGCCGCCUUUGACGAUGCUGCCAAGAUGUGGUUCUGGCAAUCGCCCGAGCUGCUCCCCACAUCCUCCGAAAUGAUCCAGGCUCGCAAAGAGACAUUCGGCUCUCGCUGGCCCUACGACGGCAAAAAGGGCUGGAAACCCACCAGCAAAAAGCUGGCCGAAGCUGGCUUCCUCUUCAACCCCACCGAAGAAGAACCGGACAAUGCAAAGUGCAUCUACUGCGACAGGUCGCUCGGCGGCUGGGAAAAGUCGGACGACCCCGUACACGAGCACCAGCGACGCCAUCCCGACUGCGCCUUUUUCAAAUGCGAGCUACGCCAACCCCCACCGCCAGCGCCGCAGCCUUCUGGUCCUGACGCGGACUCGGACGACGCGGCUGCGCAAGAUGCAGAGCCGGUUGUUGCACCCAGGAAAGGUGGGAAGCGCGCCGUAUCCGCAAAUGCACGCAAAGCAUCCACCAGGGUGGCCAAAGCGAAAAAGGCCGCAUCCAUCGCCGCAUCGGCAGAACCGAGCGCACCACCCUCACGCAGCGAGUCGCCCGCGCCCGAGCCAGAAGCCGUGGCCGAGCCUGAAGCCCAAGAGGAGGCACCAGCACCAGCACCGCCAGCCAAGAAGGGCACCCGAAAGACCACACGCAGCGUGUCAACAAGAAAGGGCGCCGCCGCUGCCGAAAAGAAGGAAGAGCUCGAACAAGACAAGGCUGAAGGACGACCUGCGCCCGAGCCAGAGCCACAAACAGAGUCCUCGGCCAGCGCAGACACACCAGAAGAUAAGCCCACCAAGGUGGCUAGAACCAAAAAGCCAGCGGCAGGGCUGGGCAACGGCAGCACCGAGCCACCCUCCAUGCGUCCCUCGCGGCUGGCCAGCCGAAGAGCCACGCGGCUCAUGGAGAUGCUCUCGGCCGAUGACGACGUCGACCGCAUUCCGCGCCGACCCGAUGAAGAUGACCUCGCCAGGCGCGAACAGGCGCUAUCGGACCCCGUCCCCUUCCCGCGCGUACCGAGCGAGGACGAGCGUGAGCCUGCCACCGACCCCGUCGUCGCGCCCAAGCCCAAGCGCAGCAGGUCCAAGUCGGCCAAGAAGGUCGAGCCGGCGCCAGAGCCCGAGCCCGAGCCCGAGCCAGAAAGAGAACCAGAACCGGUGGUGGUCUCAGAAUCCGAACCCGAAGUCGAGGCCGAAGCUGUGCCGGAAGCCGAACCUGUUCUGGACACGACCGUGAUCGAGCACGCCGCCUCUGACGUCUCGGUUUCGGACGUCGAGCCCUCGCCUCCUCGUCCUGUGCGCCCUGCCAAGCCGACGCGCUCUACCCGCACAUCCUCUCCUGUGGCUGUGCUGCCGCCAACGACGUCGGAAGCGACGAUCCGCGCAUCCAGCCCUGCCGCCGCACCGGGCGUUUCGUCAUUGGCACAGCUAGCCGCGCUCGAUCUCGACGACACACAGCGCGCACUCACGCUCGGCGCGUGGCUGCAGGCGCACGCCGACGCCGCCGCGCGCGAGAUGCGCGCCGCCGCCCAGGCCGAGCUCGCCCAGCUCGAGGCGGGCGCCCUGCGCGCGCGGGGCGAGAUGGAGCGCACGCUGCGCGGCCGUGCAUGA